AGGGUUAUAACAGAAUGGAGAAAACGGACACUACCGUUUGGGUUGGUCUGAUCCAGAUGCUCAAGGAAAAGGAACUGUUGCCUGUAAUCGCCUUCUGUUUCUCGCGAGCCCGCAUUACCAACCUCGUUCACGCUCUGGAUUCCGUAGACCUGCUCACAAAGGGUGCGUUUCAGCAAUUUUUGUUUUGUAAUCUUUUGAUCUUUGUCUUUCUGUUUUUUGUUUGCCCUUUGUCCGCCGGCUUUUUAGCUCAAUUUGGCGUGAAGAGGUGUAGUUGA